AUGAUCCCUGUAGUCUUGAAUAUGUUCUGUGGCGUACCACAGUUCGACCACUGCGGUUUCAAGGUGACUCUCGACGACUACAACCUUUGUAACACUCACGGUUCCAUGCUAGUGAUAAUCGAUGCCGCCAAUAAGGCAGCCACUGCCCAGGUCGCCAUUGAUGUCACUGAUGCUGAUGUCCCCACCUGUUGCAACUGCUACUGA